GCCAAGACGAGCGGGGGAAAUGACGGCAACACGAACCCGGAAGUCUCGAGUCAAACGACUACGGGACUCUCGAUGGGUGUUGUCGUUGUUCUUAAGUUGCCUUAUCCUUACGGGAAGGGAAAAGGCAGUGCGUGAGAGGGAGGAGAAGCCGCCGCUGCAGCAGCCCGCUUGAGAAGAGUGGAGACAGCGCGGGCUAUGGAGCUGGCGAGAGCAAGUCCCAGAGGCCCGGCCCGGCCGCGGGUGCUGAUCGUGGGCGCAGGACUGGCAGGACUAGGCGCCGCCCAGCGGCUCCUUCAGGGCUCCCGGCAUUUCGCCGACGUGCGCGUGCUGGAGGCCUCGGGGCGAGCUGGGGGCCGCAUCCGCUCCGGAAAGCUCAGAAAUAAAGUGGUGGAGAUGGGUGCCCACUGGAUCCACGGGCCUUGCAGGGAGAACCCUGUUUUCCAGCUGGCAUCGAAAUACGGACUGCUGGAUGAUGAUGCUCUGGCUGAGGAAAACCAGCAGGUGGAAGUGGGGGGUCACCCCUUGGGGCCUUCAGCCUGCUACUCCAGUUCAGGCCAGUUGCUGAGCCAUGACAUAGUGGGCUCUAUGGGGGUCCUCUUUUUCACUCUCUUAGAAGAAUCGCGUGAGUUCCUGCAUGUGGCCAAAGUGCCUGUACCCAGUGUGGGUGAGUACUUGAAAGAGGCGAUAGUUCAGAGGGUGAAAGAAUGGCCAGAUGAUGAGGAGACAAAGCGCCUGAAAUUGGCCAUCCUUAACAUAUUCUUCAAGUUGGAGUGCUGCGUGAGUGGGACCCAUAGCUUGGACCUGGUGGCAUUGGGCCCCUUCGGGGAGUAUACAAUGCUUCCUGGCUUGGACUGCACAUUUCCCAAUGGUUAUGAAGGCCUCACAGAAUGCCUGAUGGCAUCUCUGCCCAAAGGGAUCGUCUUGUUUGAUAAGCAGGUGAAGACAGUUAAUUGGGAAAGCUCCUAUCUGGAAGAGGCUCCCACAGGCCGAAACUUCAGUGUGCAGGUGGAAUGUGAAGAUGGCGAGAAGUUUUUAGCAGACCAUGUCAUCGUCACUGUGCCUCUAGGUUUCCUCAAAGAACAUCAAGAGUCGUUUUUUUACCCACCACUUCCACCCCAGAAGAUGGCAGCGAUAAGACAGCUAGGCUUUGGGACAAACAAUAAAAUAUUUUUAGAAUUUGAGCAGCCAUUCUGGAAGCCAGACUGUCAAAUGCUUGAGGUUGCAUGGGAGGAUGAAUCACCCUUGGCUGAGCCAUCCACUGAUUUGGAGGCUACCUGGUUCCAAAAGGUUGCUGGCUUCAUUGUUCUCCACCCUGCAGAGAGAUACGGGCAUAUCUUAUGUGGCUUCAUUGCUGGGAAAGAAGCUGAAUUCAUGGAAACACUCACAGAUGCAGAGGUCCUUUCAGCCUUAACACAAGUAUUUCGUAGAGCAACAGGAAAUCCACAACUUGGCCCUCCAAAGAACAUCCUGCGAUCUAAAUGGCACAGUGAGCCCCACACCAAAGGCUCCUACAGUUAUGUGGCCAUUGGCAGUUCUGGAGAUGACAUUGACGUUCUUGCUCAACCCCUUCCUGAGGACACAUCUGAUUCCAAGCCACCACAGGUUCUUUUUGCAGGAGAAGCUACACAUCGCACAUUCUAUUCUACUACCCAUGGGGCCUUGUUGUCAGGCUGGAGAGAAGCAAAUCGUCUCAUCCACAUCUACAACAUGUCUGAAUCCCCACAUUCUGCAUUGUAAUCCAGAAGCUGAGAUAACAGCAGCUUCAUUUUCUGCUGAUGACAUUCUCCCAGUAGUUGUUAGAAGUUAUCUCUCAGUAUAACUCCCUGCUCCUCAGCUUUUUAAUCAGUGAGAUAAAAAUCCCUGGGGGAAUCAUUUUUCUUGAGUUGAUCAUUGGGAGCAUGGAAGCCAAAUGACACAGCUUUUAACACCUCCACUGUGUGCAAGAGAAGGCAUUCAGUAUUAAUAAUACACCUCUGGUUAUGCAGCUUCAUGUUUUCUGGUCCUGGUAUAUAACUUCCUAUCCUGAAGGAUUCAACCUACGCAGAACUCAGCUGAAUCUUUGCAUUUACCUCCUCAUGUCAAGGCAGUGUAUUACCUGCCUGAAUUUGAAUAUUAUGUUGGUCUUUACACAAAAACUUAGAUCGACUCAUCUCUCUCCCCUCCCGAAGUAGACACUGUAAGAUUGCUAUAGUACUCUUCUCUCAAUCCCAGUGCGCUGUGAAUUUCAGUACACUGGCAGCAGAGCAUCCUUCCAGGGGACCGUGCUUCUUUAAGGGAGCAAGAAACUAUUCUGUAUUCCUGGGCAAACUGCUGUGGAGGGAACAGUAACUUGACAAGUGGUCUUGACAAGCUGUGUUCAGGUCCUAUGCUCAUGAGCUGAUGUGGAAGGAGAAAAUCAGGUUCAUUAUCUUUUCAAAGUAGUGAGACUUUUGCCCUCUACUGUGCUAAACCCAAGGCUACUACACACCAUAGUAUAAACACCCAUUAAUAAUACCAUUGGGCUAGUAAAGAAGUCCUCUUCCCACCACUCCACAGUAAAUACUUCACAUAAUGUUCCAAGUGGAGUCAUAGUCUUAUUUUUUUAAGCUUGACAAUUGUCAUGCCUUAGUUGGCACUGGCAAGAACAGCUCUGUAAUUAACAGCCUUUCUGAAAAUUUUAUUCUUUAUGAAAUGAAAAUUAUUUGCUCUACCAGUAUGCAAUUUGGAAUCUACAGCUGGCUAACUUACAGAACAAUCUGCUGAUAAAUGACUGAGCUACAUCAAUUAUGAACAUUUGCUUGAAAUUGGAACCUUUGCACUGUUGAAGCCCUGUUUGUGCUGAUCCAUUCCCCCCCCCCCAGUUUAAAUUAUGUGAAUAAUUCCAGGAACUUUCAGAGAACUGCCUCUCUAAUGGUCUGCCCAAAUCAGUUGCAUAUUUUUAAAACUCUAGAGUUUCAAAGUCCCUAUUUUAAAUUCCUACUCAUGUACUGGAAAAUCUAGCUGUUCUUAGGUGGAACAUUUUCUGGCAGUAAAAUGUCUAUCAUCAGCCCAAGCACUCUUACAGAAGAAUUUCUUUUUCUUUGUUUUGUUUGGAAGAAAGGAAGAGUGCUGCUGUGUGAGGGACAGAGAAAGACAGAAGUGGAAAGGAGAAAAAGAAGUCUGGUGCUGCUAUAUAUGUUUAUGAAAAAGCACCCAUGCAAAAAGUCAUCUUUGUAUUACCUUUCUGUAAAAUGCACAAAUGAUUCCUAUAUGCUUAAUUUCACUAAACAUAUUGUGACUCUCCAAUCAAUUGACUUAUUUUCUAUUUUAACAGUGGACUGCUAUUCCAUCAUUGUUAUAAGCUACUCUGUCUCAGCCUUAUCCUACUCCACCAAAGCAAUAUGGGGGCAAUAAGAGUUAUCUACACUCAUUGCUUAAAAACACUUCUUGCACUAUUAGACAAACUAUGAAUAUAAUAAAAACAGGGUAAUAAUCAAA